GUGCUACGGUUUGCCCUGCAGUCGUGCAGGCGCAGGCAGGAGCUGGGACACUGCUGUUUCCAUCGAGCAGCCGUUUAACACCCGCUAAACUCCUCUGGUAUGCAAGAACCAAGCGGCGGGAGAUAAGAUGGGUGCGGGUGGCUGUGCUGCCUCCGACCUGUAACUGCGCCCGGCACCUCCACCGCCAGCCGCUUGGGGGCGCUGCGCCAGGCGCUCUCACAACAUCCGCUCUGGAGCUUCCGCCUCGUUGGUGCUGACGGCGGCGGCAGACCGAGAGGUAGCGACGGCCUGAGCAGCGGCGUCAGCGGCGGCCUUGGUUGUCAGCGGAGGCUUCUGCUCCUUCCCCGCCGCACCAUGCCCACCGUAGAGGAGCUCUACCGCAACUACGGCAUCUUGGCGGACGCCACCGAGACGGCGGGUCAGCACAAAGAUGCCUACCAGGCCAUCCUGGACGGUGUGAAGGGAGGUGCCAAGGAGAAGAGACUUGCAGCCCAGUUCAUUCCAAAGUUCUUCAAGCAUUUUCCUGAGCUAGCUGACUCGGCUAUCAACGCCCAGUUGGACCUCUGUGAGGAUGAAGAUGUUUCAAUCCGUCGACAAGCAAUUAAGGAAUUGCCUCAGUUUGCCACUGGAGAUAAUCUGCCUCGAGUAGCAGACAUCCUGACCCAGCUUCUGCAGUCAGAUGAUUCUGCAGAAUUCAACUUGGUGAACAAUGCUUUGCUCAGUAUAUUUAAGAUGGAUGCUAAAGGGACUUUGGGAGGCUUAUUCAGUCAGAUUCUUCAGGGGGAGGACAUCGUGAGGGAGCGAGCCAUCAAGUUCCUCUCCACUAAGCUGAAAACCCUGCCCGAGGAGGUGAUGACGAAGGAGGUAGAAGAGUUCAUCCUAACUGAAUCAAAGAAGGUGCUGGAAGAUGUGACAGGUGAGGAAUUUGUUCUGUUCAUGAAGAUACUGUCUGGAUUAAAAAGCUUACAGACAGUAAGUGGGAGGCAACAGCUGGUGGAGCUGGUAGCUGAACAAGCAGACCUGGAACAAACCUUCAACCCAUCUGAUCCAGACUGUGUGGACAGGCUUCUGCAAUGCACUCGGCAGGCAGUGCCUCUCUUCUCGAAAAAUGUUCAUUCCACAAAAUUUGUUACUUAUUUCUGUGAGCACGUGCUGUCAAACCUCAGUUCUCUGACUACUCCAGUGGAGGGACUUGAUAUCCAGUUAGAGGUUCUGAAGCUUCUGGCUGAGAUGAGUUCCUUCUGUGGUGAUAUGGAGAAACUUGAAUCAAAUUUGAAGAAGCUGUUUGAUAAAUUGCUGGAGUACAUGCCCCUGCCUCCAGAGGAAGCUGAGAACGGGGAGAACACCAGCAGCGAAGAGCCCAAGCUGCAGUUCAGUUAUGUGGAGUGUUUGUUGUACAGCUUCCAUCAGCUGGGGAGGAAACUUCCUGACUUCCUCACAGCCAAGCUGAAUGCAGAGAAGUUGAAAGACUUCAAAAUCAGGCUACAGUAUUUUGCUCGAGGGUUGCAGGUAUACAUUCGGCAGCUUCGUCUGGCGCUCCAGGGGAAGACAGGAGAAGCCUUGAAAACAGAGGAGAACAAGAUUAAAGUAGUUGCCUUGAAAAUAACCAAUAACAUUAAUGUUUUGAUCAAGGAUCUCUUCCACAUUCCUCCUUCUUACAAAAGUACAGUUACGCUCUCCUGGAAACCAGUACAGAAAACGGAUGUAAGUCAAAAAAGAGCAAGUGAAGACACCACCUCAAGUUCAUCCCCAAAGAAGGCUUCAGCAGGUCCCAAACGGGAUGCCAGGCAAAUCUAUAACCCUCCCAGUGGAAAAUACAGCAGCAACCUGGGGAGCUUCUCCUACGAGCAAAGAGGUGGUUUCCGGGGCGGCCGAGGCAGAGGCUGGGGAGGACGCGGCAAUCGUAGCCGAGGAAGAAUCUACUGAGCAGAACCCCAGGCAAGGCCCCAGUGCAAGUGCUCCUCAGCAGGUUGGCUUGGAGAAUUGUCUUCUUUCGAGGACUGCCUUCCACUAAGACUGACUUCAGUGUUCUUUCUACCUUUGUAUGUAUGAUCUACUUUUCUAACAGACUACAACUUGUCCAUAGUGAAACUACUACAGCUGUAUUUUUGGAUGCUUACAGGCAACAGUUUUGGGUUCUUCAGUUUUGGGGGUUAUUUUUUUUUCUGAGGGGGGUGGGUUUUGGAGUGUCUUCAAGGAUUGGAAAAGAGCAUAGAUGGUUUUCUUCAGAAGCUGCAUCUUGGCAGUUAGUCUCUUAACCUCCAAAUCAGCUACUGCAUAACUGAAACUAGAGCAUUGUGUUGAUGUGUUUGUGGAGAGGAAAGGCCUGACAACAGAGGAGCUUGAGCAGCUGAAACAAUCCUUCUCAUCUGUAACUAUAUGCCUCAAGACGUGGAGAAGAGUCCCAUGGUUAAAUUUGUCUUGAUUCACCUUUUUUUUUUUAGAUUAAAUUAAAUUAGAUAAAAGCUGUUCUGGGUUUGUUUGUUUUUUAACUUGGCAGCACAGUUGGAAAUCGAUUCUUGGUUUGUUGGGGUGGUUUUGGUUUUUCUUUGCUUGUAGCAUGAAGCAAUCCUUUAACUUAGAGCUGUGGAGAAUAUGUUGUUCUGUUGGUUCUGCACAUCCUCACUGUGAUGCAAAAAGUGCUGUUCUGCAAAUGGGUUUUUAAUGUUUCAUAUGAAUAUGUGCAUCAAGUUCAUGCCAGUAAAGAAACAAAGAAACAAUAAAUGAGUUGAAUUAUUCCAGGAAUGGAAUUAGGCUUCUCAGGUUGGAGGCUGGACCAUAGCAAUUCCUGGCUCUUUUCUUUUUGGUGCUUUGCAGGUUUCUGGAUUAUUUGGCACUUGAAGGUUGGGUUUUCACAUGGUUUGGUUUGGGGUUGGUUUGUUUUUGUCUGGUUGGUUAGUUGGUUAGUUGUUUGUUUGGGUAUUUUUUUUACCACUGCAUUAAAAUGAGUUAGCAUUGACAGAUUCCAGCUACACAGUUCAAAUCCAGGUGGUAAAGUUAUCUAUUCCAUGCUGUUACUAUAUUUUGUUUUCCAUGCCAACUUGGGAUUUUUAUUUACUGGUCUACACUCCAGAAUGUACAGUGUAAAAGCACAAUGCUUCUAGUUUUUCAUCCUCACCACUCAAAAGUUUUUACUUCUCAGGUCAUUCAAAGGAAUUAGCAGGUAGUAAACAAGAAGUUGGGACAGAGGAAAAGACUUCUAAUGAGUGCUCCAGGGCAUGUUUGAUGUAAAAUAGCUUAGGCUUUAGAAUGAAGAUUGUUUCUUCCCCUUUUUGUCUGUCCAGCCAUUUGAUAUCUACAGACACAUGCUUGCAAAUGAUAUGUCCCCACCUAGUUGCAUUUGUAUUUGCUUGUGAAUCUGCCUUAGGUGUCUUCAGGAAGACUCUUGGAUGCUUGUUACUACAGUCAGAAGGUCAGGGUAUGAAAAGGAAGUCCAAGUUAAAGGCAGAGCUACAUUAGAAGCCUGUUUUUCCUUGACUCUGCAGCAGCAAGCAGCACACUUUGGACGUUCCGGGGGUCAUGAGCUGUCUUUGUAUUCCUGAUUCCAUGCCAGCUGCUGAACUGGGAUCCAUCGUUGAAACCACCAAUCUUGGCAAAGAGCUUUCAAGGACAAAUUGCUAAGAUCAGAGCAGGCAGUAGAUGGGUGCUAAGCUUCCAUCAUGGGGUGGGAAAGAGGGGACAGUAGACGUUUUGCACUUGUGUUUGGAGAGGGUUUAAAGCAAUCUCAAAGCCUCAACAAAGCUUGCACUUAGAAUACUCAUAACUAGGUCCUAGCAGCUUCUUUUCUCACUGAAGAUUUGAGUGAGUUUUCUUUCCAGGGCUUCCGUUUUGCAUAGGUAAAGCUGUUACGGCCUCAGAAGCAGCUGGAUCUACCCCCACCACCCCUCAGCCCCAUUUCAUACUGCAGCCAGUUCUUGUGGAGACACCCAGGUACCAUCUUGUUGACUUGUACAUGUUCUCCUCCUGCUUUUGGAAUAAAUCCAUUUUGUAAUUUUGUUUGGCUCAUUGUUUCACACUUAAUCUGCUGCAUUUUGUGUUGGCUUUGUUCAAAGAGGUACUGCAGUACCUUUGGCUUUAGUAGUGACUUGCUCCAGAAAUCUCCAGAUGUGUUAAGCUCUUUGCCACUAAGGACUGUAGGUCUUAGCAAGACCACAUUAGGUGUUUCAACUUGGAAACAAAAAGUUUUGGAUGGGAAUUUCUCUGUUCAGCCACAGUUGCAUGUCAUACAGCUUACUUGGCAAUUACCUUGUCAAAAGGAGUUGUUUGUUGUCUUAACCUCCAAUGCAAUAAAAUUUGUUAGUGUGGUGGAGCAAGCA